GAUGUCCGCUCUCGCGAGAGCUCCCUCUUCCUUUGAGCGGCGAGCAUGGCGGUGUUCGGUCCCGUGGUGCGGAUCCACCCUGUGGUGCUCUUCAGCGUCGUCGACAGCUACGAGCGGCGAAACGAGGACGCCAAGCGGGUCAUCGGCACGCUGCUCGGGACGGUGGAUAAACAGAAUGUGGAAGUGACCAACUGCUUUUCUGUGCCGCACAAUGAAUCUGAGGAUGAGGUUGCUGUGGACAUGGAAUUUGCAAAGAAUAUGUACGAGUUGCACAAGAAAGUUACACCAAAUGAACAGAUUGUCGGCUGGUAUGCCACGGGCUACGACAUCACGGAACAUUCCGUACUCAUUCACGAGUACUACAGUCGGGAGACCCAGAACCCCAUUCAUCUUACAAUUGACACAACCCUACGUGGAGGGAAUAUGUCCAUCAAGGCCUACGUCAGUGCUUCCAUGGGUGCCCCUGGCAAAACGAUGGGUGUCAUGUUUACGCCUCUCUCCGUGAAGUACGAGUACUACGAUCCGGAAAGGAUUGGAGUGGAAAUAAUCCAGAGGACGCGCAGUAACAACAAGCGCACCGUGAGUAUGACGUCGGAGCUGACGCAGGUGGGCGCCGCCGCAGCUCAAAUCCAGGACAUGCUGACCCUUGUUCUGCAGUACGUGGAGGAUGUUCUAUCUGGGAAGGUUGUUCCUGACAACACCGUGGGACGUUUUUUGAUGGACCUGGUUAACAAGGUGCCCAAGCUUGCACCGGAGGACUUUGAAGCUAUGAUCAACAGCAACAUUAAUGACCUGCUUAUGGUGACAUACCUUUCAAACCUGACUAAGGCACAGCUGGCUCUCAAUGAGAAACUGGUGGCAUUAGCCUAGGUGCACGAGUUGUCUACUGGCACCCCCUGAUGCAUACUCUGGUGGAGCUCACAUUUAUGCAGAGGAUUCCGAAAACCAUAUCUGCUACACAUGCACCUUUACUGUUUGACAAACAUCUCGAGUUGCAGUGAAGUUUGUAAGAUUGUUUUGUGUGGAAUUUUACCUGUCAAAUUGCAUCACAUUUAUGUGGAUGUAUUAUCUAUUUUGUAAACAUCUGUAACAUGGUUGUACCCAGGUAAUAUUACCUGAAUAAAUUACAAGAAAAA